AUGAUAGCUCAGACUGCUUCACAUGGGAACUUAGCUCUUCACAAGAGAGAAGAAGAUUUAGGGCCUCUUAAGGGUUUGGUUAGAGAACUUGAGAAACAUCAUGUUUACCACAUUUUAUUGGUCAAAGCAAGUAACAAGGUCAGUUCAGAUUUAAAGGGCAAGAUUUGGUUCAGGCAACUGGAUUUUGGAAAUGUAUAUGUUAAUCGACCUUCACUGGCUGAGAGAUCAGUAAUAAAACUAAAAGCUUCUCAGACCACUCCAUGGAAUUUGAUUUCUGGCAUCUUAGGAGUAACGUGCCUUAUUUUGAUGGCUAUUAUGGGAAUUUUGUUGAAAAAUUUAUAUCCUAAACAAAGUAUUCAGCCAACAUUGUCACCAGAUGAAAUCACUGAAGUCCAGAAAGACUCUGACUGUUGUUCUUGUCCAAAAGGCUGGAUUGGAUACCAGUGCAACUGCUACUUCUUUUCUGGUGAAUUAAAGACUUGGGAAGAAAGUCAGAGUUUCUGUGCUUGGCAGAAUUCCAGUCUACUUUGGUUUCAAAACAGAGAUAAAUUGCAUUUUAUGAGCUCUAGUACACAUUUUUACUGGAUUGGACUCUUUUACCAUAAAGACAAAAAGGCCUGGCUGUGGAGAGAUGGCUCCCCUGUCUCCCAAGAUCUAUUGCCAUCACUUCAAAAAUUAAAUACAGAGAAAUGCAUAAUGUAUAGCUCAAGCCAAGGUAUUUUGGACGAACGCUGUGAUGAUGAAAGUCGUUUUAUAUGUAAAAAAGAGCUUAUUUAAGUGUUUCUUGGAGUGGGAGGGGUGGGCAGUGAAGAUUCAGUAGUACUAAGAAAUGACUUCACCUCAUAUUAUUGCUAAUUAUCUACUUCUGGGAUCUGUAAAAUGUUUCAAAUCAAGUCUUAUGAUACAAUUUUCAUACAUUUGAAAUCAUGUGCUUUAAAAUUGGUGAAAUUUGGGGCAGCUGAGUGGCUCAGUUAGUUAAACAGCUGC